AUGUCUGCAGUGGUCUCGGGCACUGCCGCCAAGGCACAGAAACAGCCCCAAGGCAUGCGCGAAAAUGGGAAGCAAUGGCACGCACCACGAAAAGCGUUCAGACCAGGUUCCGGCUUGACUUCGUUCGAGAAGCGAACCCAGUCGCGAGUAGCCAUGGCAGCCAUGAAGGCGAAGGAGAAGGAGAUGAAACAUGACAAGGAGGAAGACCGACAAAGACGCGUGCAAGCCAUCAAAGACAAACGAGCAGCCAAAGAGGAGCGAGAGAGAUACGAAAAGCUUGCCGAGAAGAUGCACAAGAAGCGGGUAGAGCGACUGAAGCGGAAGGAGAAGCGCAACAAGUUGCUCAACUCAUGA